AACUUCGUGAGCCUCUCCAAAUUCAUGAAAUCUCAACCACAACCACUCCUCAUCCAUCUCCCACCACGAUUGCGACGAUGGAUUCUCCACGCGAUCAGGUAUUUGGAGAUGCGCCAUCUCAAUUGAGCGAAACCGAUGCGAUUCCUAGAAGCGAACGAAAACGCAGAAUAUCGGAUUCUAGUGAUGGUGAGAAGAAGAAGCGGAGGCUUUCAGGCUCGGGGGACGUAGAAACAAGCGCCUUGCCUUUAUUUCAGCAGCCAGUAUUGCCGACCUUCAACCUUACGACUUCGAGUCGUCCCAAAACGAAUUCGACUCCCGGAAAACCCUCACCAGCGAAGGAUGACGAUGAGAGUACAGGAUGGCAGGUGGUAGAAAAGGGGAAAAGGCAUCUUAAAAAGAUCCCAAAGAAGAACUCGGGCAACUAUCCCGAAUUCGAAUUCUCCAAGAGUUCCCGACUACAAUCCCAGAUCAAAAUCAGCGACUUGCAAAGCUUGGUCUUGUAUAUAUUGGCAGAUGGAGGCGCACCGCUAUUCGUGGCUGUGCGUCACCGACCACAUAUUCGGAAGAUUGUUGUCUUAAUGAUUCCCGGGUUGGAGCAUUCGAUGUUCGAAAAGGAAGACGGAAAGAAGAAGUCCAAAAACCGGGACUUCUCUUCUCCAGACCACUACUACCCAAGCAAGCUCGUUGCAGAGGAUCUGCCUCUAGAAGUUAGACCAUUGGCAGAUAUUUUCAAUCUUCUUUGGCCGGUCAAGACUCCAGGGGAUGAUAGAAUGGGCAAAAUGCACUCGCCUCUCCACGCGAUGCUUACUGCUCCUCUACCAAAGGAAAAGGACGAUAAAAGCAAGAUUGUAAAUAACAAUAAGCAAAAUAAAAAAGGAGCGCGACCGGCAAGGGUACCACCAGGAUGGAAGAAUGUCCGAACUCCCAUCACAGCAUAUAUUCAUACUCGCGAUGAGCUUCUUGAGAACGAGUAUGUCGUUCAUUCUGCAAUGUAUACUGUUGAUGCCGAAAAGCAAGCAUGGGCGCAAGUUCGUGCAGAAAAGGGAACUUCCCAAGCUCACGGCUGGGUCGAUUCGUUAGUUUUGAAUAUGGAUGAAGGAGAUGUUCCGGAAAACGAAAUCGAAGCAGGUAGUUUAACGGCCGGUCGAGAAAUUCUUGCCAUGGACUGUGAAAUGUGUAUGACUGGCGAGGGAGAGUUUGCUCUUACUCGUAUAAGCAUUGUUGGAUGGGAUGGAUCUGUUAUUAUGGAUGAACUUGUAAAGCCAGACAAGCCCAUCAUUAAUUACUUGACUCAGUGGGUUCCCUCGAUACUUUGAAGGAAACUUUGCUAAUUGGAAUCUAGGUACUCAGGCAUGACAGCAGAACUGCUUGCCCCGGUAACUACAACUCUACAAGAUAUCCAGACGAGACUUUCCCGCAUUUUGAACCCUGGCACUAUCCUCCUUGGCCAUUCUCUAAAUUCGGACUUGAACGCUCUUAAGAUGACCCAUCCAUUCAUCAUCGAUACCGCACUUCUAUAUCCACAUCCCCGCGGUCCACCGCUAAAAUCCUCUUUGAAAUGGCUAGCUCAACGCUUCCUCAAUCGGGAGGUCCAAAAAGGUCAUGGAGGAACAGGUCAUGACUCCAUCGAAGACGCAAAAACCUGUCUGGAUCUCGUAAAGCAAAAAUGCGAAAAGGGUCCAGAAUGGGGAACCAGCGAUGCAGCGGGAGAAAACAUAUUCAAGCGUGUUGCUCGAGCUGGCGUGCGAUAUAAGAAUCAAGGAGGGGCUGCCGUUCCAAGUGCAUUAAGCGGGAAGUCAAGCGCAGCAAUCGACUGGGGCGAUCCAAAAAAGGGGCCUGGCGCCACCGCCAACUUCCAAAUCGGAUGUCAGGACGACGAAGAAGUAACUCAGGGAGUCAUCCGCGCCGUCAAGGGCGACGCAGAUGGCAAAGAAAUUCCCGGCGGCGGCGUAGAUUUCAUCUGGGCGCGCUUGCGCGAAAUCGAGUCCUUGAAAGGAUGGUGGAACGACAAUCGCAACAACAAAAAUGGGCAAUCUACUAUCCACACCAACGACGAUGACCAAACUCCCCCUUCCUCUCCCAUCCCUCCCUCAGACCCUCAUACCACCUCCAACAAAGAAGCCACCGCCCGUCUCAUGACCCGACUCACGCAGAUCUACGAGGCUCUCCCCCCCUGCACGGCAUUCGUCGUCUACAGCGGAUCGGGCGAUCCGCGGGAGAUGAGUCGUCUCUCGAAUAUGCAUGCUCGCUUUAAGCGGGAGUAUAAUACUAAGAAGUGGGAUGAGUUGAGUGUUAAGUGGACGGAUACGGAGGAGCAGGCUUUGAAACGGGAGGCGAAGAGGGCGAGGGAGGGGGGAUUGGGGUUCUUGACUGUGAAAUGAGAACAGUCUCAGAGAGAGAGGAUCUGUGGUUGAGUUGUUACACUGCGUAUCUGCGCUGUUUUUUGGGAUGGAGUGCUGUGUGGUAUGCAUGAUGGAUAGUAGGUAGGCAGGUAGUAAGUGAGUGGGUUGACCCCAUGGAGGGAAUGAGGUAGGUAGACGGACAUCUGUGGAUAUAGCUGCUUUGAUGGUCAUAUGAAGGAUGCUUGCUUGACGGCAGUAGUAAGUUGUCUUACAUACAUGCAAGAUAUGUAGUAGGGAAAUCAGAUACUAUACCAC